UGUGAUAUUAAACCAAUCACAGAUUCUAAAUGUUUUUAUUUAUAGGAGCUGGCGAAAGUGGGAAAAGUACGUUGGUGAAGCAAAUGAAAAUUAUACACCAUGAUGGCUUCACAGACUAUGAACUACAGAGUUUUAAGCCUGCAGUAUUAGACAACCUGUUAGGCUCCAUGAAAUACGUGCUUAAUGGUAUGUUUCUGCUGCGAAUAAAUCUAGCCAAUCCCAGGAAUAAGGUGCAUGCCCAAGCAAUUCUGCAGUGUCCGCGCUGUUUCGAUGAGAACGUUGUUAUGAAACCAAGAAUAGAAAAUGGACUCGUUGCACUAUGGAACGAUAAAGGUGUCCAACUUGCUGCCUCUCGAGGAUAUGAAUAUGAACUUAAUGAUUCCGCUGUCUAGUAAGCAUAAGCUUGCAUUUAUGUAAUUAUAAUUUCAAUGAAAGGGAUUCAUAUUUUACUGGCACUUUUCUCAUGUGUAAUCAAAUUUCUCGUCUGUAUGAUUCAGUUGAUUGAAUAUUACUCUAUAAUUUUCGAUGCAAAAGUUUUCAAUAUAAAUAU